GUUUGUUUUAUCAUUAUUAUCGACUACGAAGAUCGUAAAAGCUGCACCUUGUUGAAAAAUGGUGGUUUUCCUUGUAAAAAGAGGUGACGAAAACCAAUUUCUAUAUGAAACAAAUGUUGAAAACCCAGUAGAUGACGUAGUAAGGGAUAUCGUGGCGAUAUUCAACGGACGAUUGAAGAUUAUGAGAAUUUGUAACGAGUUAGAGGAACUGUGGAAGCAUGGAACGUUUUUACCUACAGAAAUGCAGGGGCUCACUGAAGAACAGAUACUAGAAUUAAAGCUAGAAGAUCCAUGGGCAAAACGGUGUGCCCCACAAGGGUAUGUGGUGGCAAAAGACGAAAUGGGACGUCGCUGUGGCCUUGCUCCACCACCAAAUCUUCAGGAAGUGCUCAAAAAGGCUGCUGAGUUUGCUAAAGAAACGAUUAGUAAGAAACACGUUGACCUUCGGAAGUUUAUGACUCAAAAAGAUGUAGCUAGGGCCUUGGAAGAACUUCUUGGUGCAACCAAAAUCGUCUUUCCUGCUGGUCUUCCACCCCACGACCCUGUUCGAAUGGAGCUGGAUAAUGUUGAGGAUCUUUCUGGAACCCAGGCAGCUAACGAGGUGAUCGAUCCAUCUAGGGCCUGCCUUUGGGCUUGCGGGAAAAAAUUUAUCAAUGGAAAUAAGCUCAGUGAUCAUUUGGGUAAAAACGACAAAUCCAAAGUGACAGUUAAGUUGUGCAGCGCAUCGGAAGGAGCACCAGGAAGAGAGCCAGUAUUGACCGAAGAAGAGAGAAAACAGUUAAUGCUACAAGCAUACCGGAAACAGGAGGAAUGGAAGAAACUAGAGCAAGAUGAUGAUGACAACUACUUGAACUCUAAGUGGUCUGACGGACAGAAUCUGAAGAGGCAGUUUCAUGGUUUGAAUAACAUAUCUUGGAGACCCGGUGGAAAAUAAUAUGUAGGAAAGCUUAUGUCUACAACUAAAAAUAGUUUGUUCCUAAUUUAAACACAAUUAAUCUUAUUUACAUUUAUUGUUAAGACAUUUCAAACAAUCAUAAGAUCAGUUUUAAUAAUAUUUUAAUAAGAGUUACGUUUUUCUUUCUGAUGAAACAGUUCAAGAAACAUACUUAAUUUUACGUACACCUUGGUUUUAGUUGCCAUGUAUUUACUUUAUAAUAAAUUAUAUUUA